AUGCCGCGCAAUUUCAAGCCGUCGUCAGUCCACCUCCGCAACGUCAUAUUCUUUCUCCAUCUAUCUGGCCAAGAACCCGCGGAUAUCGAUGGACGACUGAAGGAGCACGUCUCUGCUAGAAGUACAGUCUACAACUCGAAGUUCGCGUCGGGCGACUAUUCUAUCGAAAAUGAAGACCGUUCGGGACGCCCGAUGGAGUUGGAUUUGGACUUGCUCUGGAGGCAGGUGGCACAGACGUCUACAUUGAGCAGCUGA